AUGCUGCCAUUCCGAUUACAGGCUGACCCCGCGGUAAAAGAAGCACUGGCUGCUUUUUACCCGACUAGAAGUGACCACCGCUUGGCUUAUGUGCUGUCGCGAGUCGAGCCCGGCACAAAUGGUUGGAUAUUUGAGAACGAGCAAGUCGCCGCCUGGCUUGGUGGCAAGGCGGAUAUGAACCGGUCCGCCUCAUCCCAGGGUCAAACCAUCAAGAAGCUGUGGCUCUCCGGCGAGAUUGGCUCUGGUAGGACGACUGUCCCAGCCUGCGUCACGCGAAAGUUGCUCGCCCAUGCCACGCCUCAGCAUGCCGUCGGGUACUUUGUCUGCGACGGCUACAAAGAUGACAGGAAUCCCACAUAUGUACUGCAGACGAUUAUUGCGCAAAUAGCGCAGCAAGACAGGGCGGCGUACGACCAAUAUGUUCACAGUGUCGCGCAGAAGCGUAUGCCGUCUGGGAUAGUAGGCGUUGAUGAUACCAUCGCGACGACGUUUGACGCAGGCAAUAUUGACCACUUGGCAUUGCUGCUGCUCGCCAUGUCCAGACACUUCGAGCGAGUAUCCCUUGUUAUCAGCCGGGUGGACUAUAUGCCGCCGAACAUUGUUCUGCGCCUAUCGUCGCUGGUUGACGCACCGGAGUCGCCUAUUCGUACUCUUCUCAGUGCGGACGACGGCCCUGCCCAGCAGGCUGUGUGUGCGGAAACUGGCUCAUGCCCAGUUCUCGUCAGUGCCACUUCGGAAGAUGUUCGACUGUAUUUCAGAAAUGAACUACGGCGGAGGAUAGCACAGGGAGACUUGUAUCUGCAAAACGCGCCAGCGCAGCAGGCUGUAGAAGACUAUAUUGCCAGCAAUCACAACGGCUCGUGGCUCUGGACUGUCCAUAUGCUGCAAGAGCAAUGCGACCUACUUCGACGCGGCAUUUGGCAGCCGCCCACCACGGUCACGGAGACAAAUGCGAUUGCUACACGGCCUGAUCUUUUUAUAUCCGCCGUAGAUCCUUAUUUGGAGCGGAUCCUACGGGAUCCUGACACUUUGCCCAGAUUUAUUCUCAAAACCGUUACCAGAUGGCUCAGUUCUACAUGUGAUUGGCCAACCCUACAAAUGUCCACGUUAGAAUUGUGCGACAUCGUCGCUGCCUCUUAUACAGAGGAGCAUAAACCGGCACAAGUUUCCGGUGUCCAAGAGCGGGAUAUCUUAAGGGCAUGCGGUCCUCUCGUCCAUAAAAUUCCACUCCUCGAUUAUUCCGUUUUCAGUAUAUCCCACUCCUCCAUGUACAACUACCUGAAGAUAAAUCUCGCAAACUAUGAGUCACCCCUGAGCGAACUAUUCUGCGGAGACAGCUGUCUUAGCGAAACAACCGGCGAGUUGAGAAGAGCCUGCCGGUCAUUGCCGGAGGAACGAUCUCCCCUAAAAGAGAGGCUAUACAGGGUUAUCCUGGAAGUACAAGAGAACGAAUGGGGUCCAGAUAACGGAAAAAGCCUAUUAACAAUGGAAGGCCUAGGCAGUCUAUACUGGGAUCAGGGCCGCAUGGAAGAAGCUGAGGACAUGUAUCGCCGCGCCGUGCAAGGAUACGGGAGAAAUCCGCCAACCAGGUCCAACGCCGAAUUUGCGCUCAACGUAUACAACGGUCUAGCUGUCCUAUGUAAGCGAAAAGGCAAAUUCAACGAAUCCGAAAGAUUUUACAAGCUUGCUCUGGAAGGCAAAGAACAAAUACUGGGGAAGGACCACGACUCUACUCUCGGUACAAUGGGCAACAUGGGCGUGAUGUACGCUGCACAAGACCGAAUACCCGAGGCGCAGGAAAUCUGGACACGGUGUCUGCCCCUAUUUGAAAAAGUUUAUGGGUCGAAGCAUAAAAACACUAUCAUGCUCAUGUACAACCUUGGCCUCACGUACAAGGAUUUACAGCAAUUUGAUGACGCGGAACGUCUACUGCGACAAGCUUACUACACGUAUGCAGAAACUCUUGGAGACGGCAACACAGCAACUCUAGAUGUCGCCAGGGCGCUGGGUCAUCUCUGCAUGCUGAUGGAUAAUAUGCAGGACGCAGAAAACAUAUACCUUAUGCUGGCGGACACCUACGCAGAGCAAUAUGGGCCAAACUCCGAAAAAGCCCUUGCGGCGUGCCACUCCUUGGGGAAAGUCUACCAGGAUCAACAACGAUUCAGUGAAGCAGAAGAAAUACUGGGGCAUGUGCUGCAAAGCUAUGAAGAUAGGUAUGGAUGGGACCACGUCCCUACGGUUGACGUUGGGUACACGAUCUUCUUGCAUAAAACGCCAGAAGAGGGCGUGGAGCUGGGCGAGAAGGUGCUGGCGGCGUUUGACAAGCUCCACGGGACUUAUUCCAGGGUUACAAAUAGCACUGCUGACACGCUAGGCCUUAUGUACGCGCAGCUUGGGCGCCUGGAUAAGGCGGAGGCGAUGUGGAUGUGGGCGUUUAGGGGACACUCGAUGAAGAAGGGGGCCAGCGAUGUGGUUACAGUGGCGGCAGCUGAGAAUAUAGGCAAGGUGUUGAAGUUGCAGGGGCGUGAUAACGUUCGGCCUCGAUCGAUGCCUGCCGCCAACUCUUGUGCGCGACCUGGGGUCGAGAGCGGUACAUGUCUCCGAAAGCCUAGCACUGUGGAUCAAGACCCCAUGCCCGAUGAUCAUGAGGCUAUUGCUAUAGCCGGCAUGUCUAUCAAAGUUGCGGGUGCCGAUGACGUUGACGAGCUCUCCCAGCUCCUCCGCAAGGGGGCCUCGCAGCAUGAAAAGAUGACACAGGACCAUCUAAACCUCGACUCACUAAUUCGCCAACCUGACAAUCGCGAUUACUUCUGCAACUUUGUGCGCGAUGCCGACGAUUUUGAUAACAGGGGCUUCAAACGCAGCCCGUGUGAUCCAGCCGCCAUGGAUCCUCAGCAUCGUCGACUUCACCUGGCAGCAUACCAAGCUGCUGAGCAGGCGGGCUUGCUUACUGAGAAUACACGAACUGGACAGCAUGAUAAGGGCCGGAGCCAUUUGCACAACGUCGCCACGCAUCGCCUCAAUGCCUUCAUGGCCACUGGUUACCUGCAGAGCUACCCUUUUGGACGCGUAGCAAACCAUUUCGUAUGGACUGGUCGGGCCAUCGCCUUCGACACUGCGUGUAACAGCCUGCGUAACGGCGAGUGUUGCGUGGUGCUAGCCGGUGGUGUCUUCAUCCUGACCAACCCACACUGGUUCCAGAACUUGACCGCAGCGAGUUUCCCGAGUCAUACCGGUCAGUGCAAGCCGUUCGACGAGAAGGGUGACGGCUACUGCCGUACCAGGUGUCUGGAGGCAUGGCCUUUGCUAACUUCGUUUCGAAAGUGGGAUACCCGGAAUGAGGUGGCGCUAAUCAACAACUACGGUGUCUCGGGAUCCAACGCUGGCAUGGCUGUGGCGGCUCCGGCAGCUUCCAAGGAGAGUCAGCACGCGGCAGCAAUCAAGAAACUUGGACGACCAUCCUUCUUUAUCUCUGGGUCCGAUGCACACUAUGUCUAG